AUGGCAUAUCCUUCUUCGUCCAACCUGCUAUCUGAGGAUGAAAAUUCCAUUGUUCAGUCACCUCCUUCAGACUCAGCUUCCUCAUCCAUUACUUGUCAUUGUCUAAAUGGUGAGAAUUACAUUGUUUGGUCUCAAUCCAUGCCUAUUUUCAUCACAAGUCACCGAAAACAACAAUAUCUCUCUGAUAAUAUUUCAGUCCUCGAUCCCUCUAACCCCCAAUAUGACACUUGGCUCACAAAGAGCACCAUAAUUAUUUAUUGGCUCCUCAACUCUAUGCUGCUUGACAUUAGCGUGAACAUCAUGCUCUACACCACCGCCUCGAUUUGGAAGGCUACCAAUGAGACGUAUUCUAAUCAGGAAAACUCGUCCAGUUUGUUUGCCGUUAAAUGUCGAAUCAACAACUUGAAGUAG